AUGGGCUGCCCGUUGCUGCUGCUCCUGUUUCUACUCGUUGCUGCCGACGUCCAGGCCCAGGGCGACAGUGUGACGUGCGCGAUCAACGGGCCGGCCCUGUACUCGGCGGAGACGGGCUGCUACCCGGGGCCAAUCUCCAGUGAUGACAAGUCGCUGCUUUUUCGAACUGAUUACGACGGGUAUCAGGUGAAAUAUGUUUGCCCGAAACUCGGCCAAAUUGUGUGCAAGGAUCCGUGGGGCUGCUACAGUGAGGCGACGCCCCAUGGGGACUGCAUGUGUAAAGAUCCGGGCGGGCAGUCCGUUGCCAUCACCGACGCGUACCUCGAAAUGUGGAAGAACGGCUACGAGGCGAACUGCGGUUUGGUGAACGCCCCGAAGACGGGCGCCGUGUUGCCGAAGCUCGAGCGCGAAAUGGUUGCCAGCUUACUUUGU